AUGGAAUACUUCCGCUUGCCUACGGGAAAAAAGAGGGUGGCACUUGACAACAGUAACUUCCAUUUGGCAAUUAGUUCAGACACUUAUCACCCAAAGUGGUACCAACAGACACAUAUAGAAUUCAUUAGAAGGGGUGGGAUAGAAGUCCAAAGCAGCCAAUCACAAUUGAGAGCUAAGAAGCGAGUAGCAUCACGCUACACCAUUUUCGGCAAAGAAGACUUCAAUACAAUGCUUAAGAGGUGA